AUGGCAAAAUUCCGAGUCGUAUUCAAUGCUUCCGCAAAAACAUCGAAUGGCAUAUCAUUAAAUGAUACACAACUCGCUGGCCCCCCAAUACAGGAUUUAUUACUUAACCUUUUGCUUCGCUUCAGGCAGCAUCGAAUAGCAUUCACAGCUGAUGUGGAGAAAAUGUUCAGGCAAGUCAAGGUUGACAACAGGCAGUGGCAACAGAUACUCUGGCGGGAAUCAUCCGAUCAGCCCAUUCGCACAUAUCAAUUGGCUAUCGUUACAUAUGGCACAACUAGUGGCACAUAUUUGGCUGUUUGCGCUAUGCAGCAAUGUGGCAGAGACAAUUCUUAUAAACUCUCAGAUGAAUUACGAGCUAAAACUGCUUUGCACAGCAUCCUGAAUGAUUUCUACGUAGACGACUACCUUAAGAGUACACCUUCUAUUGGCAUGGCGAUUCAACUGGCGGCCGAUGUCUCAUCUGUUUUGGCAGACGAUCAGUUCCAUCUCAGGAAAUGGAAAUCGAAUAGCGCUGAAGUCUUGGCACAUCUUCUUGGCGAUGCUGAUCCAUGUCAGCUUAAUCCGCACUUGGCAGAAACUACUGUUCUUGGCUUACACUGGGAUCCACUCACUGAUGAGCUCUUCUAUCAGGUCAGCUCUUAUGAUGCACAACAUCUUACGAAAAGGCAAGUGCUUAGCGAUGCCGAAAAAUUAUAUGAUCCAAUUGGCAUGUUGGCACCAGUCAUCAUUACGGCUAAACUUUUCAUACAGAAACUCUGGCAGGCAAAAUUGGCAUGGGACGACCCAUUACCACUUGAACUGUUGCAAGAAUGGCUCAUAUACCGAAGGCAGCUGUCCUAA